AUGAAUAUUUUACCAAAAAAAAAUUGGCAUGUAUUAAGAAGAGAAAAUAUAAAAAAAGUUAAAGAAGAUGAAAAAAAAGCAGAGGAGGAGGAAAGAAGGAGAAUUGAAAGAAUUCAUAAAGCUGAACAUGAAAUUAAAUUAGAAGAAUUACGUAAAAAAAGAGAAGAACCUGGUUCAAGUAAUACAUCUGUUCCUAGAAUAAAACAUUUAAAUUUAUUUGAAGAGGAAGAAAUUGAAGGAAGUAGAGAAAGAAAUUAUGAAUAUGAAAAAGAAAAGAAAGAAAAGAUAGAUAAACUUGAAUCACAAUUAGGAAUUAAAAAAAUGUUUGCAGAGGGGACAAAUGAAUUAAAUAAAAAGAAAAGUUGGUAUGAAAAAAAACCCAUACGUCAUUAUGAUGAUUUUAAUGAUUCAUCAACAGAAGGUCAAAAACAAAGUUGGAGAGAUAUGCUUAAAGAAAGAUGUGAUAAGGAUGUUGAAGCAUUUAAGGAAGCAUUAAUGGAUGAAAUAAAAAUACAAAGAAAAAAAGAAAAAAGAGAUAAGAAAAAAAGUAGAAAGGAUAAAGAUUUAUUUAAAAAAAAGGAUAAAAAAGAAAUAUUAAAAAAGCUUCGUGAAGAAAGAAUAAAUCGUGAAAAAGAGGAAAAAAAACGUAUUAAUGUUUUAUUUGGUAUCAAAGAUGAAAUUGAAAAAGAGGAUGAAAUAGAUAAAAAAAGUGAUAAACCAAUAUAUAAUAGUAUGUAUCAUCCCGAAUUAGCCAGAAAACGAUAA